AUGCAGGACGGGCUUAAGGACACCGCCGCGGGUAUUCGAGGCGACAAGAAGAGAAAACUGCCCAUCAUGGUCGAGUCGGAGGACCAGAAGAAGAAGAAGAACAAGCCGUCUCCGGCCGGGUCUGGAACACCAGUACCUCACGACGCCCUCCUUGCCGAGCUGAGAACCAAGUACGACGUGCUUCCCGCCUUCACCAUUUCCUCGACAAAGAUCCACAAGCGUGUGACCUGGUUACUGCUGCACCUGCGCAAGAACGAUGGGGACGCGAGGAAACGGGCGGUGCUCCUGCACGCCAGGCCCAGCGAGGUGGGGAAGAUGAUCACCAUCUCGGAGCAGGUGAAGCGCAUCGUGGCGGAAGAGGACGGCGGUCGGUGGUACCAGUACAACAAGAUGUACGAGCUGCCGCCCAAGGCGGAGGUCGUGGAGGAGACUAUGCUCGGCGGCGGGGGAACAGGCAACGAUACGGACGACGACGACGACUUCGAGGUCAUGGAGAGCCGGUUCGAGAAGGCGGUGAUGCCGCAGCCGAAGAAAGGAACCCCGAAGUCACUCAGCAUCUUCCUCUCCCUAGAGCCCAUGCCUGAGCUGAAGGCCCAGGAGGGCGUCACGCAGCAAACCAACGAGACGUAG